CUCGCACAUUAUAUAGUUGUUAGGCCGAUCCAAAAUAAUCACGGAAAAUUUCUUUUUCUGAUACGAAUUGUUCUUAAAAAAAUUUAUAACAAAAUAUUUGAUUUUUUUUUGUGUUUUUUUCAACAAAAAAAAGGAAAAAACUUUUUUUUUGAUAAUUGAGAAAAAUAAAAAUUUCUCGGAAGUGAAAGAAAAGAGGAUUCGAAUGAACAGAGGAUUAGAUGACAUCCUGUGAAGUGAAAAUAAAAUAUUUUGAAUGGAUUAAUAAUAUGGACUAAUUGUGUAUCAAGAAAUAGCUUGCACAUUUAUAAGGAUUAUAUCUUUAUUUCAUUCUUGACUAAUGAAAUAAAAAAUUAUUUUUUUGGUGACAAAAAAAGAAAAUAGAGGAAGUGACAAAAAGGAUUUAAACUGUGUGAAAAUUAAAGAAAUUUUCCCGAACUUGAUAAAAAAGAUUUUGUGAACUUUUUCUGCUUGAAGAAAAAAGAAUUAAAGCAAAAAAUAUUUUUUUUGUGUCUCUCGUUUGUGAAGUGAAGAAUCAAAAAAACGUCAGCAUGACUAGAAGGAAUCCUUGCCUUCUAGGGCUCAUAGAUGGAGCACUGAUAGUAUUAGCAUUAACAUUAGCCGUAACAGCAGCACCCGUUUAUGAUGAACAAACCGCAUUAGAAGUUUAUGACAGUGAGAGUGGGUGUUAUUAUAAUUAUCAUCAUUAUGGUGAAGGAGAUAGAAUAAUUACAAAUGAGCCAUGUCUAAAUUGUACUUGCCAUAAUCGCAUGCUCAUGUGCUACCUGAGAGUGUGUCCCUUCACAAAGCCAAUCGGACAAGACUGUGUUGUAGAAAAACGAGAGGAUCAAUGCUGUCCUGUCAUUACAUGUCCUCAAGUGCCAGUUGAGCUUGUGGAUGGAACAACAGCCUCACCAUCAAAUGAACUAGCCAUUCCAGACAGUUAUGGAUGUACGAUAGGUAAUAAGUACUACGCAGAGGGUGUUCAAGUUCCAUCAAAUUUCAAUAAACCUUGUGAGGUCUGUUAUUGUAUUAGAAAUAAGACAGCUUGUGUGAUGCAAGAAUGUACGCUUCAUAUUGACGGAUGUCAACCAAUUUAUAAUAAGGGAGUUUGCUGUCCUGUUCGAUAUUCAUGCGAUCAUGAACAAGAUACUCCACUCGAGUUGGAAGAUCAUUCAACAACAAUUAGACCAACAGAAGGAUUUAUCAUUACAACGCCAAAAACAACAUCAGAGGAAUGUGUCUAUAAUGGAAAGACUUAUGCUGAUGGUGCAAAUAUUGAGACUGCUGAUCCAUGCAAACAUUGUUAUUGUAUGUAUGGUGAUAUUGUAUGUGCUAUUCCAGAAUGUGGAAGACCACAUGGACAAGAAGGUAAAAGCUGUAAAGCCGAGCCACCCAAAGAAGGUCAAUGCUGUUCAGAUACAUUCAUCUGUGGCGAUGAGACUGUCACAAUUCCACCAGAAAAAUACGACGAUGAUUUGCAGCAACAUAUUGUUCCAGCAAAGAGUCCUGUAACAGGAAUCAAGGGAGAUAAGGAUAGAAAACGACCACCACAAGUAGCACCAACAACAAUGAAACCAAAGGUUGAAAAAGCAGACAAAUCAUCUGAGGAAGAUUUAAGUGAAGAGCUUUACCCAACAGUAUUACACUUAACAACAACAGACUCUACUGUUAGAGAGAAACCAGUCUUAACUGAUAGAAUAGAUGAAGAUGUUGAAGAACCAGAAGUAACAGAAAAGUCACAUGUAGCAACAGAGAAACCAUUUGAAGAUUCAGAAGUCACAGAAAAACCACAUGAAGACUCAGAACACAUUCCAGUUGAAUCAGAUGUCACAGAAAAACCACAUGAAGACUCAGAACACAUUCCAGCGGAAUCAGACGUCACAGAGAAACCAUAUGAAGACUCAGAUGUAACAGAGAAAUCACAUGAAGCACCAUCAGUCUCACACGAAGAACCAGAGGCCACAGAAAAACCAGAUGAAGUUUCAGAGGUAACAGAGAAGCCACAUGAAGAACCAUCAUUCUCACACGAAGAACCAGAGAUUACAGAAAAACCACAUGAAGAUUCUGAAGUUACAGAGAAGCCACAUGACGAACCAUCAGUCUCACACAAAGAACCAGAGGUUACAGAGAAACCACAUGAAGAUUCUGAAGUAACAGAGAAGCCACAUCAAGAACCAUCAGUCUCACACGAAGAACCAGAAGUUACAGAGAAACCACAUGAAGAUUCUGAAGUUACAGAGAAACCACAUGAAGAUUCUGAAGUAACAGAGAAGCCACAUGACGAACCAUCAGUCUCACAUAAAGAACCAGAGGUUACAGAGAAACCACAUGAAGAUUCUGAUGCAACAGAAAAACCACAUGAAGAUUCUGAAGUAACAGAAAAACCACAUGAAGAACCAUCAGUCUCACACGAACAACCAGAAGUAACAGAGAAACCACAUGAGGUUGAACAACAACCAGAGGUUAAAGUAGACCGUAUACCAGAAGAAGAAACAACAUAUGCAUCAGCUCAAAUUCCAAAAGACAAAGAGCAUGAAAUGAAGGAAGAUGCAUCAGAAGAAGAAAAAGACGAGCAUACAACACUUAAGACAAUUUUAAUGACAGAGGAGAGAGAAGAACCAGAAAUAUCUGAUCAAAAGACUGAGAAACCAAAGCAUGAAGUUACGGAGACAACUCUUAAAACAAUUGCUGAAGAAGAUGACGAAGAAGCAUCUGGUGAACCAACAAUGAAACCAAUUGGUACUCAAGAAAAAGACAUUCCAGCUCCAGUAACAACGGUUAAAUCCAUCACUGAAGAGGAAGAAGAAGAAGCAUCUGGAGAGCCAGAAAAGAAACCCGUAGAAAUUCCUUCACGAGUUGACGAUGAACAAACUGAGACACCAAUUAGUGAAGAUACUGAAAAACCAUUUGAACAUUCAAGUGUUAAAGCAAUCGAGCCAGAAGAUGAGGAUGAAGAAAAGGUCACUGAUUUACCAAUUGUACAAACACCAGUUGAAUCAGAAGCUACAGACAAGCCACAUGAAGAUUCACAAGAAGAAACUGAAGUAACUGAUAAACCGGCCAUUUCACAUGAAGAACCAAAGGUAACAGAAAAACAACAUGAUGAGUCAGAAGAAUCUCAUGAAGAAACUGAAGCCACAGAAAAACCACAUGAUGAAUCAGAAGAAUCACAUGAAGAGACAGAAAUGACAGAUAAACCAGCCGUUUCACAUGAAGAACCAAAGGUAACAGAAAAACCACAUGAUGAGUCAGAGGAAUCACAAGAAGAGAAAGAUGUCACCGAAAAACCUGAAGAUUCGCAAGAAAAAACUGAGGCAACAGACAAACCAACAGUCGCACACGAAGAACCAGAAAGCACAGAAAAAUCACAAGAAAAGCCAGCAGUUUCACAUGAAGAGUCAGAAGCAACAGAAAAGCCACAUGAAGAUUCAGAGUCACCAGAAGAGGCAACAACAAAGAAAAUACAUACAGAUUAUGAAGAAAUUUUACCAAAAGAAAUCGCCACAGAGUUGCCUUCAAUGCCAGCAGAAGAUGACGUUCCUGAAUCAGUUACUAUGCAACAAAUGCCAAUUGAAUCAGAUUCACAUGUUAAAGAUGAAGUCACUUCAAGAAAACCAGCUGUUUUGGAAGAAACAACAGUCAGUCAUGAAGAAGAAUCAGACGAUUUCAACACAAUCAUUCCAGAAAAACAUGAACCAGUCACUGAACCUGUUACAUAUCUACCUCCAACAACGCCAAAAGCAACUGAAACUGAACAAGAUAUGUUCCCACAAAGAGUUCCUGGUGAAGGAGCAUGCUUAUUCAAAGGUGUUACAUACCAAAAUAAUGAACAAAUUCCCGAUGCCAAUGAAGAAUGUCUUAAAGAUUGUCAUUGCAUUAAUAGUAUUGUUAGAUGUCAAGCUGCAUGUGAUCUCGAUGAAGAAGAAGUAACAGAAAAGUCUGCUGAAGAAGAAAAGCCAGCUGUUGUUGAAGAAAUCAGCACUCAAACUCCAGAAUAUCCAGCAGUAGUAAAAGAAGUAAUUCCAACAACAUUACAGACACCAAAAGAAAGUGACAUGACAGAAGAAAACGAAAUCGACUCUGCUGAAAGAGAAACCCCAAAACCAAUUCUUAAAGCUCCAAUCCCACCAGAAAGUGCUGAAAUUGAAACUGAAAAACCAGAUGAAGAACAAGUAACAGAGAAACAAAUCCCUGAAAUGAGCACAGAAGAAAAUCUUGUUGAUAGCGAAGAAAAGACAACAAUUAAGGUUUACACUCCUAAAGAUCAAAUUCCAGUUGAACAAGAAGCUACAGAGAAGCCACUUAUAGGAUCAGAGGUUACGGAAAAAUCACACGAUCAACCUGAACAUAUCCCAGAUGAAUUAGACGUCACAGAGAAACCACAUGAAGUUUCAGAGGCUACAGAAAAAUCAUUUGAAGAUUCAGAAGCCACUGAAAAACCUCAUGAAGAUUCAGAGGCCACAGAAAAACCACUUGAAGAACCACAAAUUUCACACGAAGAACCAGAGGCCACAGAAAAACCAGAUGAAGAUUCAGAGGUAACAGAGAAAUCACAUGAAGUACCAUCAAUCUCACACGAAGAACCAGAGGUCACAGAAAAACCACAUGAAGACUCAGAGGUAACAGAAAAACCACAUGAAGUACCAUCAGUCUCACACGAAGAACCAGAGGCCACAGAAAAACCACAAGAAGACUCAGAAGUCACAGAAAAACCACAUGAUGUACCAUCAGUUUCACACGAAGAACCAGAGGCGACAGAAAAACCACAAGAAGACUCAGAGGUCACAGAAAAACCACAUGAUGUACCAUCAGUCUCACACGAAGAACCAGAGGUCACAGAAAAACCACAAGAAGACUCAGAGGUCACAGAAAAACCACAUGAAGUACCAUCAGUCUCACACGAAGAGCCAGAGGUCACAGAAAAACCACAUAAAGAGCCAUCAGUCUCACACGAAGAACCAGAGACCACAGAAAAACCACAUGAUGAUUCAGAGGCCCCAGAAAAACCACAUGAAGACUCAGAGGUAACAGAAAAACCACAUGAAGAUCCAUCAGUUUCACAUGAACAACCAGAGGCUACAGAGAGACCAAUUGAAGAGCAAUCAACAGAAGAAGUAAAAGAAUUGCCAGAAGACAUUACAAUGACACCUGGAACAAUCGAAAUUGAUUCACACAUGAAACCAGAACAUGAAGAUCCAAAGACUGAAAAACCUAUUGAUAAACCACAUGGAAUCGACGAUAGAAUCUCAGAAGAUGAAAAUGAGCAAGAAACAGUAAAGCCAAUCAUUCAUGAGGAACCAAUUGAACAUGAAGAGCAAGAAACAGAAAAACCGAUUACACACGAAGAACCUGAAGUAUCAACUGAAGAGACUGUGCAUGAAGAAAAGGAACCAGCCACUGAAAAGCCACUGCUGAUUGAAGAUUCUCCAGGAGCAACUCCAAAAUCACCACUCCAACCAGAAGAUUCGUCAGAACAAGUUACUGAAAAGGAUGAACCAGUUGUUGCAGCAGAACAUACUACCGAAAAGGCCGAAGAAGUGACAGAACAUGUUGAUAAGGUAUGCUCUGGAGCUGAAUGUAAAUUCACCCCAACAAUUAAGGAAGAAAAACCAGUAUGCGAUAGACCGGAUUGUGAAGCUCCACCAUCAGAUGUCGAACUUGAAACUGAAGCUCCAGUCGUAGAAGACAAACAAGUUGAAUGUGAAGGAGAUGCAUGUGAUAUUGAAGCUCCACAUACCACCGAAAAAGCUGAAAAACCACAUGAAGUUAAACCAACAUGUGAGGGUGACUCUUGUGAAGUAGAAAUUCCUCAAACAACUGGACACGCUUUUAUUGAAGAAACAACACGAGGCAAAGCUGAAAUCCCAUCUGAAGAACAAAUGACAGAAGCUCCCGAAGUUUCACACGAGGAACCAAAGUCAACAGAAAAACCUCAUGAAGAUUCAGAUGCCACAGAAAAACCACAUGAAUUGCCAUCAGUUUCACACGAAGAACCAGAGGCCACAGAAAAACCAGAUGAAGAUUCAGAGGUUACAGAAAAAUCACAUGAAGAGCCAUCAGUUUCACACGAAGAACCAGAGAUUACAGAGAAACCACAUGAAGAUUCUGAAGUUACAGAGAAACCACAUGAAGAACCAUCAGUCUCACAAGAAGAACCAGAGGUUACAGAGAAACCACAUGAAGAUUCUGAAGGAACAGAGAAGCCACAUGAAGAACCAUCAUUCUCACACGAAGAACCAGAGAUUACAGAAAAACCACAUGAAGAUUCUGAAGUUACAGAGAAGCCACAUGACGAACCAUCAGUCUCACACAAAGAACCAGAGGUUACAGAGAAACCACAUGAAGAUUCUGAAGUAACAGAGAAGCCUUAUGAAGAACCAUCAGUCUCACACGAAGAACCAGAGGUUACAGAGAAACCACAUGAAGAUUCUGAAGUAACAGAGAAGCCACAUGAAGAACCAUCAGUCACACACGAAGAACCAGAGGUUACAGAGAAACCCUAUGAAGAUUCUGAAGUAACUGAGAAGCCACAUGAAGAACCAUCAGUCUCACACGAAGAACCAGAAGUUACAGUGAAACCGCAUGAAGAUUCUGAAGUAACAGAGAAGCCACAUGAAGAGCCAUCAGUCUCACACGAAGAACCAGAAGUUACAGUGAAACCGCAUGAAGAUUCUGAAGUAACAGAGAAGCCACAUGAAGAGCCAUCAGUCUCACACGAAGAACCAGAGGUUACAGAGAAACCACAUGAAGAUUCUGAAGUAACAGAGAAGCCACAUGAAGAGCCAUCAGUCUCACACGAAGAACCAGAGGUUACAGAAAAACCACAUGAAGACUCUGAAAUUACGGAAAAACCGCAUGAAGAGCCAGAAUCGACUGACAAGACUGAAGAAGAGAAACCAAUUCAUGUAUCUGAAGAAGUGACAGAAGAAGCUACUCAUGAAAAAGAAACAAAGAGACCUGUUGAAGCCGUUGAAGCCGAAGAGGAACCAAUUGUUUCUGUCACUGGAUUACCUGAAGAGCCUGCACACAAACCAGAAGAAGAAGAUAGUAAAACAACUGGCAAGCCAUCUGUUGAAGAUAGGGUUGGUGAUGACGAAGAAUCAACGAGCAAACCAGAGUCAACUACAGUUCAUAUUGUCAAGCCAGUUGAUUCAUCAGAAGAUGGCGAGGAACAAAAAACACAGAAACCAGAAGUUGAGCAUGAGUUACAAGCAACACAACGUCCAGAAAUUGAUCUUCAAAAACCAGUCGACCAUGAUGCUCAAGUACCCGAGAAACCCAUUGAAGAACAAUAUUCAACAACUACACACAGACCAGUCAAACAACCACAAUCAGGUUACCCACAACAACCGCAAUCACCUCAACAACCAACAAUUCCAACAUACGAUGAAGAUUAUCUUGAAGAAGAUGAAGACCCAGCUCAAUUCGGUCCAGGAACGUGUAGAUAUGGUGGAAAGCUUUACGUCUCAGCUCAACAAAUUCCACGUGAUGAUCCAUGUGAUUUCUGUUUCUGCUUCCGAAGCGAUAUUAUCUGUUUACAACAAUCAUGUCCACCACCAAUUGGAGGAUGUCACGAGGAGCCAAUUCCUGGCUUCUGUUGUCCACGUUACGAGUGUCAUGUACAAAUGGCAACGACACUAAAUAUUACAACAAGUACAACAACCACAACAACAACACUACCGCCACAUUUCCUUCAGUCAGCUUAUAAAGGAGCAGCAAAACGAGGUGGCUGUCAAAUUCAGGGUAAAUCAUACUCAGUAGGUGAAGAGGUCCUCCAGUCAAGUGGCCCAUGCAUGCGUUGCAUGUGCGGUGCUGAUGGACAAAUGCAGUGCGAUCCAAGACCGUGCAGUCCCGAGCCAAUGCUUCAGCAAAUGAUUGCGAUAGCAGAACAACGAAGAAGAAGAUGAACAGGUGAUAAUGUAAGUGUGUAAAUGGCAAUCGUAUUGAAUUAAGGGGAAUUUCUUUUUUCACAUUGUGGAAAAAAGUAAAAGUCCAUGUUUUAUUUUUGUUGUAUAAAAAAAUUAAUAAUGAAAAAAAAUUAUGAAUUAAUUUAACAUGAAAAAGUGGAAACAAUAUCUAUUAGUAACGAAAGAACCUGAAAUAAUCUUUGAAGUAAUUAUAAAGAAUCUGUUUUUGAACAUUUAACGGGUUUUUAAAAUUUGAAUUUACAUUUUGUAAAGAUGAGAAAUUUAAAUUUCAAAAAGUCGUUAAUUUUGAAUCUAAAUUGAAUUUUUUGCAAAUAUUUUUCGAUAAAAUUAUAGAUGAACAAAUUUUUUUCUCUUCCUCUACGUAACGAUAAUAGUAUUUUUAAUAAUUAAGAAUUAGAAAAGCCACACAGCACAACGAUAAACAUUAAAAACUAAAAUAAUUUUGAUGGUAAAAUUUUGUGAUGAAACUGAAACUUGUAAAAUUUUACCCUCAAAACCAGAAAACUCGUAAAUAAUUUUUUUCUCUCCGCUUUUUCCAAGAAGUGCGUGUGGCACACCGUCAAUUGUGAAAAAAUAAUUGGGAAAUGCGAGUGUUUUUUAGGCACAGCGCGGAAACUGCCAAUAAAUUAAUAACUUAUUAAAUUAAAAUUAAUUUAUUUGAAUUUUUUUAAAAGAAACAAGAAAAAAACUUUCUCCUUCUCGCUUAAUUUUUUUAUUAUUUGAAAAUCUAAAAAGGAAAAAUUUUUGUCAAAAAGAGAAAAAAAAAAGAGAGGAAAAACGAGCGUUUUGUGGAAAAUUAAAAACAAAACAAAACUUUAAUUUUUUAUAUAGAAAAUUAUUUUAUCGAUUUUGCAUCUAGUCUCCCUUAUUAAAAAAAAAUUAAUAAAUAAAGAAUAACAAAUGUGUAAAAUUGAAAUUGCAGUAAUAAGCCGAUCUUGUCGACUGGAAACUUUUUUUUUUAUUAAAAAACUUGAAUGAAAAUUUUUGUUUUUUUCUAUCGUACUGAAAAGAAAAGAAUUGAAAUAAAUUUUUAAGCAUUUAUUUUUCUUAUGCCUCAAAAAAAAAGAUGAAAAAGUAUUUUACAAAACCUUUAACUCAAUCUUACCUUACCUACCUAAAUACUUUAUGCUGAUUAUUAUUAUUAUGAUUAUUAUACGUACAUAUAAUUACAUUUAAUUUAUAAAAUAUUAUUAUUUUUUAACUUUCGAGUUAAAAGAUGAAAAUUUAAACUUAAAGUCUGACUGUUUGAUACUGUUGAUAAACAUUCGAUGUCUUGAACUUUCAGAUUUUUAAAACUCCCAUUUUUAUUUUUUAUUAUUUUUUUAUAAUUUUUUAAAAUCAUAUUUAACGAUUAAAAUAAUAAUUUUUCUAUGUUGCAAUUUUACUUUUAAAACAAUCUCGUCUCCUGUAAUUUGUGUAUUCAAAUAUGAAUAUCGUAAGGUAAAAAAAAUUAUUUUUUAAAUGCAAAACCGAAAAAAUAAAUAAUGAAAUUCGAGUCAGGAGUUGAAAUUGGUUGGGAAAUAUUUGAUGGAAAUUUUAAAUUCAAAAUUUUAAUUCUUAAAAUUGUCGUUAAAUUUAAAAAAGUUUGAUCAGUUUCAAAAUUUCCGUUGUUAACAUUCAAAAUUUAAAAUCUGAAAUUUCCGUUAAAAAUUUAAAAACAUCCCAAUCAGCUUUAACUCCCGACAAUUAAAAAAUUGUAAUGCCAUAAUCAAAAUAUUGAUUUUGUUUUUAAAAAAUAAUAAAAGCAUGAAUAAUUUUUAAGUCUAUCAGUGCAGUAGAGACGAUUUAAACUGGAAGGAAAAGGGACGAAUAUUUUGUAAAUAAAAUUAAACUUUUAUGGACAAAAUUUCGUCUUUUUUCAAUUUGGAUACGAUAAAGAUAUUUUGAGAAAUUUUUCAAGAAAAAAAUAUAAAAAUAAAUGAAAAAAAUCGUAAAAAAAUGAUUAGAUGAUGCAUGACGAGGAAGAAGAUGAUGAAUAAUUGCGAACGUAAAAAGUAAUUGUUAAGUAUUAAGUGAUCAUAGGUUAUUUAAUAGUUAUUAUAUCCCCUUUGAUAAAAAAAACUAACGUGUAUGAAAGAAAAUUGAGGAAAAAAUUUAAUUUACAACUUUUUUAAAAUUCCAGUAAAAUUUUGCAUAAACUACUCAAAAAAAAUUACACACUUAUACACGAUUAACACUUUCAGAGGAUUUUUUUAUAUAAAAAUCUUCAACUUUCUAUUCAUUUCCAACUUCCACGCUGAAAACAGUAACAUCCAUAUUUAGUACGGAAAUUUUUCAUAUCCUCUGAAAAGUGAAAUAAAUUUUUUUUGUAUUCUCUCGUUAGAAAAAAAAAAUCAAGAAAAAUAUCAAUUUAUACAUUAUAUACAUUUUUUUCUUUUUUUCAAACGUCUUUGACGAUUUAGCAAAAAUUGGCAAUGAAUUUAUUUUGAGAAUUGUAAUUCGAAAUGUUAAUUGUGCAUUAUUAAAAUUCUAACAACAUGUGCGAAACAGAAACAAUUUAAAAAGAGAGAGAGACAUUAAUAAAUAUGAAUGAAAUUUAAUUUGUACUUUUUAAAUAUUUAAAAUUGCAUGCAUCAAAGUAGAAUUUAUUACCAAUUAAAUUGUAUGAAGACUUUAUUUGUACUUUAACCUGUAAUUCGAAGAGGAUAUUUUUGGUUAAGUGUCCUUUUAUACGAAAAAUUUAAAAGAAAGAAAAAAUAAAGAAAAUAGACAAAAAAAAUAUUGAAAGCUUUUUAAUUUUUUUUUAUCGGUGAAGUAGAGCGUGAAAGCUUUAAUGCUCUGCUUUAUCGACUUUUCAGGAUGGAUUGAUAAUUUUUUAUAGCAAAUUGUGUUCGGAAGUACUUUAUCAUAACUUCGAUUUUCAGCCUCAAUUCGCUUUAUUUUUAAUUGAUUUUCAGGUCUGUUGGUUCAAUUUUUCCGUUGUCAGAUAAUUUUAAAGUACUUAUAUCUUCAUCCAGAGCUUUAAUCUUCUGAUAAAUUGUGAUCCAUGGUCUCCCUUAGAUGGUGCCUGAAACUGGCUUCAGCUUGCAAAUUAUCAAUACUGCCUUCCAAUAACAACAAAAAAUCACAAUGCUGAAAAUUGUAGGAUUUGAACCGACGAAUAACAAAUUUCUGUAUUUUAUUUGAAGGUAGCGGCUUACCGAAUACUCUAAAGAGGCACUUAACUUCAAUACUUGCGCUUGUACUCUAAGCUGAUAUCAUUGUUGCAAGAAUUUUCAUUAUUUUCUAAUUUUAAGUCCUACAACAAUCCUUGAAUGAGUGUUAAAAUCCCAAAAAUAUUUGAAUUACUCUUCACAAUUUUACUCACAAGAAAAACAC